CCAAAAAGAAGCAUAUAAAUUGGCUUUUAGUAAUCUCUUCCACAUAUAGCAAAACAUUGAUUCUCUUGAAUCUUACAUUCAAGGAGAUAAAGAAAAAAGAAAAGAAAAAAACUUGUGAAGCUUCAACUGCUUGGCAAUGUCUCCAUCCACUGCUGUAGCCGCCACCUCCGAAGUCACUGACUUCGUGGUUCACAAAGCCAACGGCUUGAAAGGGCUGGUAGAUUCAGGCCUCGCCACCACCCUCCCACCGCAGUACAUCCAGCCGCCGGCAGAGAGGCUCGAAUCGAUCAAGAUCGCCACAUCAGCUUCGAUACCCAUCAUCGACGUCUCGAACUGGGACGACCCAAGUGUCCUAGAUUCGAUCUCCGAGGCCGCCAGCAAGUGGGGUUUCUUCCAGAUCGUCAACCACGGGAUUCCCUCCCAAGUUCUGAGCAGGGUGGUGGACGCGGCUCAUGCGUUCUACGCGCAGAGCAACGAGGAGCGGCGCAAGUACUGGAAAGGGAGCUCCCUUUCCGACACCGUUUUCUACAGCACCAGCUUCAGCCCUCAGGCGGAGCAGGUGCUGGAGUGGAAGGAUUUCUUGAUCUUUCAAUAUCUCAAAGGGGAUGGUGAGGACGACGAACCUGUUGGUUCCGAGUUCUGGCCUCUUGUUUGCAGAGGGAUCAAGUGCUUGACUACGUGAAAAGCGCCGAGCCAGUAAUCAAGAAGCUGGCUGAGGUGCUGCUCAAGAAGCUCAAUGUGAAAGAUGUGAACACAGAGAUACAGCGUUGUCUGAGCGGUUCGCCGAGGGUUGCCCUGAAUUACUAUCCGAAGUGCCCAAACCCCGAGCUAGCCGCCGGGGUCGGCCGUCAUUCGGACAUUUCGACCAUCACGAUGCUGCUUCAGGACGAUACCGGAGGGCUCUACGUCCGCGAAAUCAAAGAAGAAGAGGAAGAGGAAGAGGAAGAAGAAGGGGAAGGUGGGUUCUGGAUUCCCGUCCCGCCGGUGGAAGGAGCUAUCGUGGUGAACGUCGGGGAUGCGAUGCAGAUAAUGAGCAAUGGCGUUUACAAAAGCGUGGAGCACCGUGCGUUUCCCAACAAGACCGGGAGCAGGGUCUCCGUCCCGAUUUUCGUCGGUCCGGCUGGAGAUGCGGUCAUCGAAGUUCUGCCGGAGGUUUUGGAAGGCGGGGAGAAGAAGGCCGCUUACAAGUCUGUCCUGUAUUCGGAUUACACUGCUCAUUUCUUCAGCAAGGGACAUGACGGGAAGCGUACCUUGGACUUUGCAAGGAUAUGAAAAGAAAUAAAUUUAAUGCUCUGCUUUUGUGGUACAAAUAAAGAGAGAUGAAAGGCAGAGCAAUGUGUAAUGCAAUGUCGAUCGGUAGUAUCAUCUUGGUGUUUUACUUUAUGACCGCUAUUACUUCGAUGUCGGUAGUAUCAUCUUGUUCUGGACUGCAAAAAUAAAACAAGAAAUCAAUUCAUUUAAAACACUAUCACUUCGUGAAAAAAAAAAUAUCAUU